GCAGGGCGUGUGUAGCGUCGGCCCCGCCCACCCUCUCCUCUCCAGAACACGCUUUCAGUUGCGGGAUGUGCUGACACCAGUCUUUCUUCUGCAUCAGCUGGAACUCACCCAUUCUUAUUUGACGUGUUUUUCACCCCUCCGGCAUGGAGCUGGACCGCAGGCUGCUGCUAAUCCACUGCGCCGCUCACGCCCUGUCGGUCGCGACGGGGCUGCUGGUGGUCGUCCCGAUGGCGCUUAACGGUUCGGCUUUCAAAGGCCGCUGCGCCCUCUUCUCCACCGGCUACUGGAGGAAAGAAGACCAGGCCGAGCUUACGGGACAGCCUGAGGAGCUGUCUCACCUGGUGGUGCAGCGGUGGGGCCCGCUGGAAGCCUGCCAACUCGCCACUUUUGUGGGUAUAUUUACGACGCUUUACGGGGCUGCGCAGGGCUGGAGGUGCCUCUUCUAUCUGCACGGACGGCAUGACGACACCCUGUUUUCCUCUUUCCUCACAGUCCUGGUGAGUGCCUGUGUGCUCUUCCUGUCUGCUGGGGCCAGCGUCAUUUUGUCUCUGGGCUUCAGCUCCUGGUGCGACACAGUCACAGAUGACAACACACGUCCCUAUAGUUGUGCAGAGUCCCAGUCUGUCCCUCUUUACCUGGACGUUAACACCUCCACUUUCUACACAGAUCUCAGUUUGGCACAGGCGUCCCUGUGGUUUGUGACGGCUCUGUGGCUGGUUCAGUCCAUCCUGGCCUUCCUGCGGCUCUACCACUCCCACAGACAGCACAUCACGGGUCCUUGGCUGCACCGAGACAAGGAGCUGCUGCUGGGACACAGUCCGACCGACAGCAGCUCCCCGACGCCUCCUCUUCCCCCUGCAACCCCAACUGUCUACGUCUGACAGGGAGGGAGUGAGGUAGUGACACGGCUCCUCGUAUUUAACUCCACCCUUUAUAUAUUUUAACCUGACUUUGUUCAUUAUGACCACUUAUGAUGUCCACUCUGCACGUCUUAUUGUUCAUAUGCCUCAUCUCAUUCAGCAGAGCCUGACCACUAAAUUAUAUUGACUGAUUAUUAGCAGAUAAGAAUGAAGAAAGUGCAGCAGAGACAUGCCAAAGAUACAGUAUGUCGUAAUUUUAGCUUUUAACAUUUUAAAUUCUAAUUCAAACAAAUAGCAAAAUUCCUUUAAUAUGCAUUACCAGUCAGUCUUAUUUAAUAAUGCUUAAGUAUUAUUUAGUCCUCUGCAUGUUAAUACUAUUUUAAUUUAGUUUUUCUAUGCCCUGUCUGUUUCUUCUUUAAAUCCCUGAGGGAUGGCUCUGUGAGAUGCAUCUAAACGAGAUUCAGAAAUAUACAAUAAAGCAUGGGAUUUAUCUAGUUUUAAAGGAACUGUGACUUGCAAGGAAAACCUAAAUGUUUAACUUUUUACUCAUCAAACAUUUAGGGGAUUUACUUUCAGCUUUACUUAAGUUUAGCAUUUUAAUACGUCUUUGAUGCGCAGCUAUCUUUUUUUGUACUUUUUUGUUCAUCUGGUUACCUGCGUGGCUACAGGAUCGACGAUUUGCAAACGUUCUGAUAAAUUAGGUUAAUAGUGUAAUAUAUACAGUGGCCCUCAAAUGUGAACACACUCCUGAUAAAAUCCCAGGUUUUUGUGAUUUAUAAAAAGCUAUGCUAAAUCAUUUUCAGAAUCGUCUUACAAAAAUAAUAAUAAUCCUAUAAAAUUUAACUGAAAAUCAAUUUUAGCAGUCAUCCCUCUUUGGGGGUCUGUCAACACCCACUUGGCAAUAUUUGUCUACUUCUUAUUUUACUGUGCUUUAUAUUUUAUUUAUUUAUGUUACUGAUGAUGCUUCAUGAUGUUUUUAUUUGCAUUUGGUUGAUGUAUAUUUAAAAAGCAUGGUUGUUUACAUUUCUCCUGGAGUCCAACAUUUUGCACAGUUGCGUCCUCAUCAGGGAUGAAAAAAAGUGAGAAUUUUUUGCAUUAUGUUUAAUUCUGAUGAAGCAUUGAGAUGCUUUUAUUGUGAAGCAAGUGUUGAGAAAGAGCUACGAGUUCAUGAAAAAGGCUCACUGUGUGAGGAUGGCCUAAAUGUUCUGUUGUUAGCGCGCCGCCGAGCCUCUCUGCUCCUGUGACGACUUUUACGAUGGUGCUGUUUGUGUGGAUGGAGCUGCUCUCAGGAUCUCCUCCAACAAUCUACUUGGUUUUUGUUUAACUUCUUUGCUGAUCUAUGGUAGCUUUGAAACAGAAAAUAUUGCCGUGUUUUCUAAGGUUUUCUGUUUAAAUAACUCAAAGUUGUUGUUCUUUCGGGUUAUGGUACAGAGCAGCUGUAAUGAAGCACAAACAGUGGAGCUGGAAGUCUGAAGUAAAGAGAGAUCAGCUGGUGUUGUCACUGGAGACUGUUUAUAAAAUGGUUUUUAAAUUGUAACUGACUGUAAUUCUUGUUACCUGUUUGUUCUCAUUCAUCUUCAUGUAUUUAAAUAAAAUACCUGCUCUCA